AUGUGGGGGUCGUGGUUGGAUCAGAUACACAAGAAGCUGGACGAUGUUUCCGGACUCGCGGAGCAAGCCAUAGGUGGUGUCUACGAGGAGGAGGAGGAAGAGGAGGAGGAGGAGGGUGAAGAGGAGAACAAGAGAGAAGAGAUGUGUUUGGAGUUGGAGGGCACGAAAAAGACCGAGGAGGAGGUGACAGCUGGGAAAGGGGCCGGUGGUGACAGAAACUUGCUUUUUCACCCUACACUGACACCCGAAGUGCAGCAGGAGACUCAUGUAGAAGGCGUUUUCACCUCUAGUAACGGGGCGGUGGAGUUGCAGCCACAUUCACAGGAAAGAGGAAUGUUGAUGGAACCCGUCUCGUGUGGUGCAAAGAGCGCACUGUACGAAGUAUCGGCCACACCCAAUGAAAAACUGACUGACUCAGUAACGGAGGCUGUUGAGGGUAGCGAAGCGGAUCCAAUUUCACAUGAACGGUCACCGUUGCAAUCGGUGACGCCUGAGGAGGUCGCUGAGUCUCCAGCAGGUGCUGCGCCGCAUUUAACAGCAGAUACAACUACGCUUGCUUCCGUAACUCUUAAAGCUGUCCAUUCUACUGCUCAGCACAUCGCAUCAUUACAUCCCGAUGGCGUCGAGUGCAAUUCAUUGGCAGGCGGCGGAAGCGAGGAGCAGCUGCUGCGAUUUCAGCAGCUGCUAGCAGACGAAAUGGAGGUGUCACGGCUUUUGCGGGAGGAGAAAAACCGCCUUGAACACCGUAUAGUUUUCCUGGAAAAAGAGCUGAGCAGUCUUCAUUUGUUAAAGAAGAACGCCGUUCAUGCGAACAUGCAGAAGAUGGAGGCACUGGAGCGGGAGGGUUCGGAGCUCUCCAGAAAGCUAGGGAAAGAGCGUGAGCGGUACAAGUCGCUCUACGAAAAGAAGACGCAAGUGGAAAACCGGUUGGAGGUGUUAGAGCAGAAGAUUGCUCAGUUUGCGCUGAGGGAAGAGGAGUUUCAACAACGUAUAGCGGCUAGUCACACCGACUGUGAGACGGCAAAGCAGCGUGCGGAGGAACUUAGUGCGCUUCUAAAGGAGCAGGAGGGCGACGUGCGGUUACUGCAGCAGCAGCUGACCAGCGCCAAGCAGAGUUACGCAGAGGUUGUGUCACACCACGAGAAGGAAAUCUCUGAGCAAAGGACGGAGCUGAAGCUUCAGAAGGAGAACACCUCAGGCAUGCUGGUGUCCAUGCAGCAGGAGAAGGAGGCUCUUGUGUCAUCGUUGCAACAGAACCAGCUGGAGUAUGAGCGGCGAAUUCAGGAACUGGAAAGUAAACUUAUUCAAGCGAAUCGUCGCACUGCCCAUGCAGAGAUGCGGCUCACAGACCAUGAACGCUCUGCCUUGGCGCCCCUUCGGGAGCUUCGAGCUGCGUUGGACGAUGUGGAACGGCAGAAGAAGCAGCUAAUGGAGGAGGUGGAGUACUGGAAAGGAGAGUUUUCUGCGAUGGAGCGGGGGCGGGAAUCCGAGAAGAAAUAUUUCACACAACGACUAGCUGAUAUGCAGAGUGAGAUACAAUCGAUGCAGAAUGAGAAGCUCGCCUUCGAACAGGAGCUGCAGCAGAGUAGAGUAAAACAUUCACAGCUCCAAAGGGCUUUGGAGAACUCCCUGGAACGCGCCUCCCAUGUGGAAGCAACGAAGGAGCAACUGACAAUGGCGUUAGAGGAGGCGCGGAGGCAAGUGGAUAGCGCUAGCAACAGCAACAAUAGCACAAUAGCUUUGACUCCUAAUGUGAGAAUGGGGGAAAGUGCAAGACAUCAACCACCUUCCUUUGAUGAAAGUAGUGGCGGCACACUGCGCCCUUUGUUCCCGGCGGAUGCUGUCGAGUCGGUUAGUAACGUUUGCCGCAGCAACCGGAGUCGUGUGGACCGGGAGUUGGUGCGGCAAGCUGUUGAGAUUGAGCGACUCCGCCGCGUGGAAGAAGAGGGUGCGGAAGCGAAGCAAAAACUUUUGGUUCUCGCCGCCCAACAUGAUCUGCUCAUGCAGAUGUAUGGCCAACUUCGAGAAGAGCUUCAGAAGGGUCAACUGGGACAGUCCUCAAAGUAA